AUGAUAGAGAGUUGUGGGUUUCGGAUUUUGGGGUUAUGGGUUUGGGUUCAAGUUCGUGGGUUGUGGAUUUUGGGAUUGGGGGUUCGUGGGUUGUGGGUUUCGGGGUUGUGGGUGGUGGGUUUCGGGGUUGUGGACUUGUGGGUGGUGGAUGUGGGUUCGUGGGUUGUGGGUUUCGGGGUUGUGGGUGGUGGUUCUGGGUUCUUUGGUUGUUUGGUUGGUGGUUCGAAUUUUCUGGGUUCGUGGGUAGGUGGUUCGAAUUUUCUGGGUUCGUGGGUUGAUUUGGUUGGUGGUUUGAAUUUUCUAGGUUCGUGGGUUGUUGGUUCGAAUUUUCGGGGUUGUAGGUGGUGGUUUCGGGGUUGUGGAUGGUGGUUCUGGGUUCGUGGGUUACGUUGUGGGUUUCGGGGUUGUAGGUGGGCGAAAUCGGGGGUGGUGCUAGGUGGUGGCGGCAUAGUUCUAGGUGGUGGUGGUAUGGUGCAAGGUGGUGGUGGUGUUGGUGAUAGGUGGUUGUAA